AUGGCCUGGCAGUCCCUCUCAGGGAGGGGGGCGGGCUCUAAUGGAGGAGGUAAUGGAGGCGGCGAUGGUCCUCAGCAAGUGAACCAGCCGCAGGGCACAGAAUAUACUCUACAGGGUGUCAUGCGCUUCCUCCAAACCGAAUGGCAUAGGCACGAGCGAGAUCGCAAUAGUUGGGAGAUCGAGAGGCAGGAGAUGAAAGGACGGAUCGCAAGGUUAGAGGGUAGCACGCGGAAGAGUGAUGCUAGCAACAAGAGCUUGAAGAAGUAUAUCAGCAUGUUGGAGAAGGCUUUGAAAGAUCGGGAUGCCCAAGUCAAAGCGCUCAAAACAGGCGGUGAUGUGCAGGUCAAAGACUCUCCCAGCGACAAAGACCAAGAGCAUCUUGCUGUUAAGAGAGAACGGCCAUCUCAAGACAAACCUCAUAAUUCGUUUCUGGACACCGAGGGAGAGGGAGAGAAGGCAGAUGAUGAUCCAGAUCGUGGCAAUCUGAAGAAUUUUAUGGACAAAACACAAGGAGAGCUCACCUACCUCAUGGUGUCACCUUCGAAUCCUCUACCACCUCGAGAGCUUCCACCUCCCGACGAGAUACUUCUGCAACCUUCAUAUGGUCCAGGCCAGGGGCAACAAAGCCUGGAAGAGAUAUACCAACAACAAGCAAGGCAGAAGAAUAUGCGAGAGUCGAGCCUUUCAAGGCCGUCACCAACCCCCAAUCACCAUCCGCCUCCUAUUCCAAUCUCGAAUCUGCCAAUAAGAACCCAAGAAAUCACAGUCUCACGAUCACUCGCAGAUCAACAACCAUUACCUACGGCCACGGCGCAGGAAUGGUCGUCUACUUUCCAGCUGCCAGAGCAGCCUGCGCAGGAACCGGCUACCAAAGUCAACCACAAUUUUGACUCGUACGGAAGGGAGAUUAAUGUUGAGGAGGUCGAGAAGGAGCCAGUAACGGAGGCAGAUGGAUGGGACUUUAAUGAGGCGGCGCAGUUCCCUGAACCAGAACCGAAGCCCUCGCCACAACGUCCCGAUACCGAUUUGUUCCCAAUCGCUCAGGAACCGAAGUCUCCAAAUCGUGGGCCAGGAUCGCAUCGAAGAAAGGGAUCCAUGUCAAGGCGGAAGAGUGCAGAUCACGAACUGUUCUUGAACCAAGCGCAGAAGGUCGACAGCGGUAGUUUCAAGGUCAGAUUUGGAUUGAGGGGACAUUUGGAUGCCGUACGUUCUGUCAUCUUUACUGGAGGUGGAAGCCCAGGAGAGCCAGAGAUCUGUACGGCUGGAGACGAUGGAACAAUAAAGCGCUGGAUCAUACCUGCAAGAUACGAAAACCAGGGAGGAAUGCAUCACACGGCCAAUGAUCUGGACAUCCAAAGUUAUUUCACGCACCGAGGUCAUACAGGCGCUGUGAUGAGCCUCACUGCUUGGUCACCAUCACAGAAUUUCUCCAGUGGUGGAAGAGCACAGGGUGAUGGAUGGAUCUUCUCCGGCGGCCAAGAUGCGACUGUCCGAGUCUGGGAACGUGGACGAGUUGACCCGAAGGCGACUCUUGAUGGCCAUACCGAUGCAGUUUGGACUGUAUGUGUGUUGCCAGGGACCACAGGUGCUGUUUUCGGACCCGCAAACUCGUUUGGUGGCCCCGACCGCAUAAUUCUGGCAACCGGUAGUGCAGACGGAACUGUCAAGGUUUGGUCUGUCAGUGCACCACCACAGUUGAUGUCACCACCUGCACAGACUGGAAGUGCCUCGCGAAGAGGAGGUCGCGUUCGAGGCAAUUCCAUGUCGUCUGGAUCCGGAUUUCCUUCUUCGCCGCAACCUAGUGUUGCUUCCAACUCGCCUUUCCACUACACUUUAAUCCAUUCAAUAUCUCGAGAGAACAGCACAGCCUCGCCAACAUGUAUCACACCAUUAUCCACUUCAGGUGAUACGUUUGCUGUUUCAUAUUCCGAUGCCGCCGUUCUUGUUUACGACACUCGCUCUGGAGAGGAAGUUGCUGCUAUGGCUAGUCUUGAGACCUUCGAUCACACUGAUGCCACCGGUGUGAAUGCCAUCGUCGCAACAACUGCUGGGCUUGAAAGCUCGCUGACGUUCGACUCCAGUCGUGGUCUGUCAGAGGAGGAGGGUGUGGUCGGAGGAGCUACUGGGUCAAGUGGCGGAGUUGAGGGUACCAUUAUUUCCGGUCAUGAGGAUCGAUUUAUCAGAUUUUACGACGCAAAUAGCGGUCAAUGCACAUAUAAUAUGCUGGCACAUCCAGCUGCUAUAUCUUCUUUGUCGCUGUCUCCCGAUGGCCGAGAAUUGGUGUCCGCUGGCCAUGACGCGAGCUUAAGAUUUUGGAGUUUGGAGAAGAGAAGUUGCAUCCAGGAAAUUACCAGCCAUCGACUCAUGCGAGGAGAAGGCGUCUGUUCUGUUUGCUGGAGUAAGGAUGGAAGAUGGGUGGUCAGCGCUGGUGGCGACGGUGUUGUCAAGGUUUUUGCGAGAUGAGUGGAAAAUACCCGACCCCCAACUCCUUUUCUGUGUUGUAUUUCGAGAACGAUAUUUUCGCAUGGCAUGCCUGGUAUGGGAUUGACUGUGCAGCUCUUGCAUUGCUGGGGGUUAGUUAGUAAAGACUGCCAUCUUUGAAACGAUGCAAGAUGAGAGAGAGCAAGCUUUUAGUUUAGAACCCCGGCCAUGGGGCACCUUACCCAAACAUUUUGUUUGGGGCGGGUGGAAAGGAAUAAUAAUUGUACAAAAGGA